AGUGUGCGCCUGGGACAUGUAGUCCUGACUGAGAGAGACUCUGCGCCUGUCCAAGGUGAUCCCGGCACUUCCGGCUCCGCCCCCUCCCGCACGCACAGACCUCUCAGCGCCCUGCCCCUCACUCUGCUAAACUGAAAACAAAACUUUUGUUUCUGGGAGCACUUUCGUUUCAGGUCUGUUGUGUCACUGCGCUUGCUUUGUUUGCAGCUACUAGCGCAGGCGAGAGACAUGAACGGGAGAGCUUUGCUGGCCGCUCUACACUAGCAGGGGGCCCUGUCUGUCACUUCCAUCAGGUGCUGCUGCACGUGGAGACCCGUGUGUGCCCCUCUGUCUCAUGCCCUCCACACCCAGACUAAUAGAGCCCCUCUCCUCCUGCCACACAGUCCCUCUGCCAUGCGGGCUAGAUAAGGGCCAGCCUGCUAGUGUGCGCUUUAGCUUCACUCUUUGCUUUCCGGCGGGAGGUGGGCAGCCAUGGAUGGGCAGGGAGAAAAGGGCACCGUUGCCUGCAGUAAGGAUGAAGCUGCCAUGGACUCCUAUCUGAGAUCCGAGGGGCUGUACAGGAAGAAGAUAGCGAAGGACGGCUCGUGUCUAUUCAGGGCUGUGGCCGAGCAGGCUAUGCACUCGCAGUCAGAACAUCUGAAGAUAAGAAAAUCCUGUAUAAAAUAUUUACGAGAAAAUCGUGGACAGUAUGAAGCGUUUAUCGAGGGAUCCUUUGAAGACUAUCUAAAAAGUCUUGAAAAUCCACAGGAGUGGGUUGGCCAAGUGGAAAUAAGUGCCCUAUCUCUUAUGUUCAAGAAAGAUUUUAUUAUUUAUCAAGAGCCUAAUGUCCCCCCUGCUUGUGUCACUGAGAAUGGCUUUUCAGAAAAGAUAAUGCUGUGUUUUUCUAAUGGGAAUCAUUAUGAUAUAAUUUACCCUAUUGGUUUUGCUGAGACUGCCGCUAUGUGCCAAUCUAUUAUUUAUGAACUGCUGUAUGAAAAAGUAAUGGGAAUAAACGUGGGAAAAUAUGUGGUGGAUGAAGACACUUGUGGCUCCACUACUACAGGAGAGGAAUAUUGCAAUGAUGGAUCAGGAUCUGAAGCAGAAGACGUUUCCAAGCACAUAAAGACAAAUUUUGCUGAUAUGAACGGGUUUAAAUCUCACAAAGAUGAUAAGUGUCCACAAAAGAAAAAUGUAGAACCCACUAUCUCACCAAGUAUUCUUCGGUCACUUCACACAUCACACUAUAGAAAUGUAGAGUAUGAGGUUUGGCUGAAGACUCAAAGAGAUCAACAGAAACUUGAUUUCUCUAUUGCUGCUGGCAUGCAGUAUUCCGUUGGAGACAAAUGCCAGGUUUGCGUGGAGCCAAGUGGGAAGUUUUAUAACGCCCACAUACAAGAAGUUGGUACAGAGAAUGGACCAGUUAUUGUAUUUGUCGAAGAGCUUGGAGAAAAACAUGCUGUUCAUUUGAAACACCUUAAGCCCAUUCCUCAGACAAUCAUUAGUACAGAUGGCUGGAACACAGUAGCAGGGAAAAAGCAAAAAAAGGCUCUUCCGAGUGGAACAAAUGCACAGCCUGAAAAGGAUUACAGGGGACAAAAGGGCUUUGGCAAACCAGUAAAGCAACAGGCUGCCCAACCUCUUCGUCUACAGCAGGCUGCUGGAAACAAGCAGUAUGGGCUUGCUUCUCAGUUGUUUGAUCAAGUACUCCAGUCUGAGAACAAGGGAAGAAGCAGAACUCCCCCAAAAGUGCCUGGAAGGAAAGUGGACCGGGAGCGAAGUGAGGAAUCAAGUUACUUUAAGAGAGAGAAUGUCACCUUUGGUUUGACGGUGGAAGAGCGCCAAGAGAAAGAGGCUAUUGAGGAAUCCAAGUCUUUGUAUGAGAUGCAGAGCAUGGACAACGAUGCUUUCCCUGCCCUCUCACCUUUGCCUAUAGGUGAGAGAGCUGUUCAGAACACUGAGGUCUUCCCUGUGAAAAGGAUACCAAAUGUGAUCCCCGAGAACUCCAGGAGAAAGUCUGAAGGAGAAGAUCAGAGAGACAAAGCAUCUACAGCUCAAUCUACAGCUCAAGCAACAAAAGUCAGAGAUCAGAAAUGUUCUGAGGAAGCAGUUAAGCAAUUUACUCCCUCAGAUGCAGACGACUUGCCCAGUGCCCCUGUUCUUCCAACCUCUGCUGAGCACCAGGCUUCACCCACAGUGCCUUCUACUUCCCCAGUUAUAACAUCCUGCCCAGGUAUUACAGCACAAAUACCUUCUAUGCCUGCAACGGGGACUGAUUCUAGCUUGCUCCAACCUCAGGUGAUAUCCUCUCCAUACCCCCCACUUCCAGUCUCAAUACCAGCAGUUAACCAGCCUUUACUGCCUUCACCUCAGACACUGAGUGCUCUGCAGGACCCACUCUAUCCUGGGUUCCCCUUGAAUGAAAUGGGGGAAAGAGCCACUGUUCCAUCGUAUUCAUUCUGUAAGAAUGGAGGAGAUCUUCCUGAUGAUAAAAGCAUCCUACGCUUCUUCUACAACCUUGGUCUAAAGGCAUACACAAAUCCUAUAUGGCCACCACAUUCUUAUCUGUACCCUCUUCAUCAGGCUUAUUUAAGUAUGUGCAGGAUGUAUCCGAACAUUCCUGUAUAUCCACAAGGCUCUUGGGUCCAGGAACCAUCUGCAAACCAAAGUGAAGUAGACCCUUCACUCCUUGCCCAUCCUGGUGAAGUCAAAAUGGAAAGUCAGGGUUCACAGCCUGCAAAUGUAUCAUCUCCACCAGUGGUUGCUUCACCUCUCCAGGUCCCUGGAAUUGUUGGUCAAAUACCAAACGCGAGUGAAUCUGGGGUAAUUAACCAAGCCUUGCAUGCAAAUGUGGAUUUUGAAGAACCAGCAACAAGCAAGACCAUAUUUCAACAACCUCCAUUUGGGCAAAGCUCAUACAUGGGAGCUGUCCCCGUCGCUUCUUCCUAUUACCCUCACUUUUGGUAUGGAUACCCAUACCAAGGGUAUAUUGAAAGUCCUGUGAUAAGACACAAUGUCUAUAUACCCCCUCAGGAUAGAGAUCUGCCAGAAAACCUUUCUUCAGAGGCUGUUGUGAAAAACAAUUCAUCAAAUCAAUUAGCAAUAAGGCAAUCUCUGGAUUUACAAGAACAAUGCACACCUGACAUGCCUCUUGCUUCUUCUUCUGGUGGCACAGGAAGUGAUCUUAUUUCUAAUGCCUCCACUGUCCAGUCAGAGCAAAGGAUGAAUUUGAACAUUCCACAAGUGCUCACUGGUCACAAGAGCCUUCCAUCUAAAAUGAAGGAUAGCCAGGUGCCCGCCAUGACUUUUACACAAGUAGAAACCAGGGAAACUGCUUAUGUAACAUCAGAAGACAAGGAACUCUCAGAAAAAGACGUUAAUGCCGUGGCAUUAGGAAGUACACAGAUACAAGUUUCUGAAGAGAAAGCACUUAGAACCAGGGAAGAGAGCUCGGAGGAUGAGAGGGAAGUGUCUAACAUGCUGAGCAGUGGCAGGUCUAAGAAUUUUUAUAGUCAGUCUUACAGUACUAGGAGGCCAAGAAGUGAAAAGUAUUAUCAGCCCAACCGCGGCGGUUACCAACAUGCAAGAGGUGUAGAGGGCUGGAGAGGACAGAGAGGUAGAGGUGAUGGCUUUCAACAUCACCGAAGUUACAGGGGAAGGCCUUCUAGGAGACGGCCUAUGGGGGACAAUUAUAGAGCACAGCAAGAAUAACAAGUCUUGGUGGAUUUCUAUCAGAGUGCAGAUUUUUUUUUGUUCUAUUUCACUGAAAAUAUGUUUAAAAUAAAUUUAAAAAGCAAUAUGCUUUUUUUGAUCGUGUUCAGGGAAAGGUUUAAGAUUUGGGGAGAGUGUAAAACCCCAGUUUAUAUUUUUGGACAUUUUUGACUAGUUUGUACUGUUCUUCCUCCUCCCCCUAAAAGCAAUGCUAUUACAGUUAAUAGACUUUGAUAUUUGGGCGAUGUUUCAAAUAAAAAUAUGGCCACUGGGGUCAUGCAUUCUUUUCUUUAUAUAGGGGUUGAGAUAUCAUAUGUAGUCCAUGUUGGAAGUGUAGGGUGGUGAGAAUACAUUUCUGGUGGCAUUUCGCAUGAUGUUAUUGCAGUAGAAACUCAACUGGGAUAGUAAAAAUCUGUUCAUUUGAGUGUAUACAUGCCUUAGAGUUAUAUUGGGGUUCAUUUCUACAGGACCAUGUAACUCUGGAUUGUGCUUCCAUUCCAAAGGCCUUUUUAUCUUCGGAUCUUCAGACUCUGGUAACAGAAAAUGGACAUCAGUACUUAUUGUGAUCUGCUGUAAAUUGCUAAUACUGAAGAAAACAAAUCUCAAGACCUGCAGCUCCAGCUGAUUUGUUUUACCCUAAUUACAUUUUGUCUUAAUGUCUCUCUCAGUCAAUAUUUUCUAUAAUUAUUAACUCAAGUAUAUCCAACUGCUACCUGCCACUGGAUGAUGAACUCUCUUCAUUCCCAAUCAGCAACCGGUUCCUUCCUGGCUGGGCAUGAUUGAAGUUGCCGUGCCGUUGAAUGACCGCAGGUUUGGAACCCUUGAGAUUACUAGUUGUGAACUUGGGCUGUUAGAAAUGGUAGUUACUGUUUUGUUUGAGUAUUUUAUGCAAGGCUUUUCCAAGCACCUUGAACAGUGCGUUCCUUGAAAGGGCAACUUUAGACUGAAAGAGAUCGCUGCUAGCAAUAACUAAGAUUCAGGCUUGAGUGACCAUUCUUGUUUCUGCGCAAAGCAAGAGUUGAUAUGAAUGAUGCUACAUUUUGCACUGACAUACCUUAAAGACUUUUCAGAAAGACGCGUAUGCACACCACAUAUGUUUUUUUAUCAACACCCGUGCUGGUAAAAACACGUCAAAUUUUGCUUUUUAAGCUAUAGAACAGAGAUAGAAAACAUUGGUCCCACCAUCCCCCUUUUUUUAAUAAAAAGAAGAAAAUAAACGUAUGUAUGGUUUAAUGUUGAACAUCUCUGUUAAAAACCUUUUAAGCUGCAUAGUGUUUAACAAAUUUUUUUUUUUCUGGUGAUUUAUUUAAUUGUCUGACCUUUUAGUUGUUACCUCUUCUUAAUCUCAUUUUUUUUUGCCUUGUGGUGGACUCUUGAAUGUUAUCAUUAUCACUGCAAAAUGUAUGAAGCACUUGAUACUUGAUGGAUCUUUUGUCCAACAGAUGUUUUUCAGAAGUGUAUUGUUGUUAUUUUAAAUAAUUUCUCUGAGUGCAAUGUAUAUAGGGGAAGCCUGUUGCACCGUUAAGUUUACAGAUACUUUUGUUUUUGUUUUUAUCUCAUUAUUGCAAACAGAUUAAAAAAAUAGCCAUCUGUCCAUA